AUGAGAACUAUAAAUUACGAGGUUCUGAAGAGUCAGAUAGCCCAGCGGGACAGUGUCACCUCUGGGACCUCUUUUGCUAUGCAGAGUCUGGAUCACAAAAACCUGGCUGGUUUUGGAGACCUCCGGGGCAGGGUGGCCAGGUGUGACGCCAGCAUUGCCAAGCUGUCAGGUGAUGUGAGCGACAGGGCACAUGAGAUCGCCAGGCUCCAACAGGAGCUGUCAGAGGUCAAGUCAGGUCUGGGAGAGCGACUGAGAGAGAUGGACAUCAAGCUGUCUCAGGCAGUUAGCAGACUGGAGGUCUUGCUGGUGGAGCAGACCCACGACCAGAGAAACAGCUGGACUGACCUGCGCAGCCAAAUCAAGCUCCUGGAGGACAAAAGCUCUGGUGUGGUAAGGGAGACGAGGGAGGACACAGACAGACUCAGGACGUGGACAGAGCAACAGCUAAGCAGCUCAGCACAGACACACAGACAUAGCAGUGAGGUGCUACGGUCACUACUGCAGGACAAAAUGGUGGAGGUGGAUGGGAGGCUCAGUGAGCAGGUCAGGCUGCUGUCAGUCCGUGUGGAGAGAGCAGAGAUUCAGCUGGAACAGGAGCACCAGGGAGACAGGGUGAAGCACUCGAAGAGCAAACUCCACAGUAGGAUCAGCACAUUGGAGACCAGCCUCCGGGAAGAGCUGCAGCUGAUCAAACAGGACUACCAGUCAGGGUUCCAGUCUACCCAUGAUGCCAUAGACUCGCUGAGGCAGAUCGGUGACACUAAAGCCCGGCUGGACAAGGAGAAGCUGCAAAAGGACAUCAAACAAAUCCGCAGGAAGAUGGUGGAGCUGAGAGAUGUGUGACACCACAGGUCACACUGGAGUAUGGUACUGCAUGGUUACACAGACCAGUAAUAAAAUGUCAUACUCAAAAUUG